AUGCCACAAGAUCCUGCCGCAGCCUUCGAAUACCUGGCCUGCUCCGGCGCCACGAGCCCCGAGAUCCUAUCCAGCCAAGUGUCCGAGCUGGGCACAGGAUAUGACCUCAUCACCGUCAGCGCCGGCGGCAAUGAUGUUGGCCUAAGCGGCAUCCUCAACGCAUGUGUGUUCCAGUGGAAUCCCUUCCGGAUCUGCGACGAUGAAAUGAAGGCUACACUCAACCUCGUAAGGGAUACCUUGCCAGGAAACCCGGACAAGCUGUACGCGGGCGCUCUUGCCUGGGUGUGUCGGAACUUCGUCUCGGACGACAUCAAGCGCGUCUUCCACCCGCAGCCGGGCGGCCACGCCGUCAUCGCCAACCUGGUGCUCUGGCGCAUGGUCGAGGACAACGCCGCGUCCAUCAAGGCCGCGGCGAUCGCGCCCAGUGGGGCCUCGGGCUGCGACGUCCCGACCACCGCGCAGAGGCCGGACCUGCCGGCUUCCAUGCUUGGGGUGAACACGAACUGCCAGGCGGCUGCGCUGCAGUGCUUGAACUGUUUGGGUAGAUCUAGUGCCUCAGUUCUCACUCCCUACGCGUCUGAGAAAGGCGGACACUAG